AUGGGGAAUUCUGGCAUCUGGAUCCAUGGCUUUCUUUUCGACUCUAAGAGUAAUUUGGGCGAAGUAGAUUAUGGUUCGUACCCAACAAUCGAAGAAAGCCUUAUCACUACCGGUAGAUACCGAUCACACACUACUGUUUUAGACGCGAAUUCGGCAAGAUUAUCAAUUUGUACGCCUUUCCAUUAUUCAACCAAUUUGGAUGAUACCCCUCCGUAUAGUACCUCCAGGGUUCACCGCUAUACACCCGAGCGAAACCAACGUUCGGAAUUGAGCUGUUACAUCUGUUACAUCGAGCCAGCAGCAUCAUCUCUCCGAUCCGACCAAGGGCAAGCAAGGUAUGGCAAGGCAAACAAUCGUACAGUCGGAUCGCCUCUAUACGGAAGGAGGAUCUAG